UGAUUUUAAAAUAUCGAUAUGCAUUGCUCAGCAUUAUGCUGUAGUAUUAAUUUGGUAGGCAACUAAUAAUACAAUAACUAGAAAUCCGUAGGACUUAUUUCUUUUUUUUUGCUACUCUGAGCAACGGAAUCCCUGUCUAAUAUGACACGUGUCAAUCUUGUCAUUUGUCAUUAUUACUGUCAACUCUGUGACUUUUGAUCAGUGGUUUUGAUAAUGUGUGAUUUAAUGUGCUUUAAAAUGAUAAUUUAUUCUUAUUUUACUAGAUAUAAAUGUUAACUUGGACUACCAACUGGAGUUCUUACUGAUUGUGUGGUAAUAAAACUAGUUAGAUUGUACUGGAUUGCAUUAUUCUUGUCUGCAACUCUGGAUUUUUGUAUUAUCCUAGAUAACACAAUUCCUUCCUAUAUUAAAUUGAUGCCAUUACACCCUUGAUUAUGAUGCUUGCACAUACCGAAUAUACUUUACAACUGAGAAUUAUAACUGAAAAACAACUGGUUAAUUUUUCUCUAUAGAUACUGUUACUUUUUAUUGGAAACUAUGGACAACAUAAAUGAAGUGAUAGAAAUAAAACCUGAAGAUAUUGUUGAUUUGUAUUCUACAGACAAACCGGAUUUGAUAGAUAUCACGUCAUUAAAAGCCGAAGAAAAUUUUGAUCUUGCAGAUUCAACUAUAGAUAAACUUUCAGCACAUUCCGGCACAACAGACACUGCUUUGAACAGUAAACCAAUUAGUGUAGAGCAUAUUAAAAAAGAAAAUAAUAUUACUGACUUAGUAAGUUUGGAUAUUGUUAAACAAGAAAAUAAUGUUCCAGAAGAGAAUAUAAAUGUAUCGUCAUCACAUAUUAAUCUAAAACAAUCUAAGGAAGCAUCUAACGAAAAAUUAAUAGACAUAGUAGACUUAAAAGAAGAAAAUGAUAAUAGCGAUGAAAAUCUAAAUAGUACGGAGAAAAUAGUAAACCUUGAAAGGGAGAAUUUGAAACACAAGACGACCAAAAUAAUUGAACGCCACCAUUGCUCAGCUUGCAACGCCAUCUUUAAUAAAGCUUCUACCUUACAGUACCAUAUAAGUGUUCGCCAUAAAGAACGCGGAACACGUGAGGAACGAUCCAUCAACAAACACGGAUAUAGAUGCCCAAAAUGUAAUUUCUAUUCGGGAAAUAAGGGUAUUUUUGAAGGUCAUACGUGCAGCGAUGAAGAAAGUAGUGGCUCUCCAGUCGAGAAAACAACUGGGCAAACCUCCAAAUUUGUUAUUCAACUUACUUCGAAGGGACAGGUGAUUAAAGCUUAUAACAAAAACAAGGAUACUCGUGCUAUUGAUCUUCCCAGUCCAGAAAAAUAUGAACAAGAGGAAAGUGUUCUAAUCAAGGCACAUUUUGAUGGUGAUCUCCAAUUUAAAGCAGUAAAAGUGCAGCAAAUAUUGUAUAAAUGUCCUCGGUGUGACUACAAAACGACAGAGAAGCGUUACUUUAAUCGUCACAGGGCAGCUCACUUGACACCACAACAACGUCAGAUGUUUGCUUGUGCGCAGUGCGACAACGCAUAUUUUACAAGAGGGGGCUUAAAUCAUCACAUUGAUAACAAUCAUACAAAUUCCAGUUUGACUGUGGACACUGUGGAUCUUACCAUAGAAGACAAUAAACAAGAAGCGCAAGUUCAAAACGGCAUAGAACAGAAGUUAGAGCUUGAUAUUCAUGACGUUGAACUUACCAGCCCGGAAGUCAAUAAUCAAGAAGAGCAAGUUCAAAACGUCAUAGAGCAGAAGUUAGAUCUGGAUACUAGUGCUAUUGAUCUUCCCAGUACAGAAAACAAUCAACAAGAGAAAUAUGUUCUGAUAGAGGAGGAAUUUGAUGGUGGUUUACGAUUUAAACAAACACGACAGACGUUUGCUUGUACGCUGUGCGACAGAAUAUUAUUGACAAAAAAGGGCUUAAAUAACCACCUUGGUAUUAAUCAUACCAAUUCCAGUUUGACUGUGGACACUGUGGAUCUUACCAUAGAAGACAAUAAACAAGAAGCGCAAGUUCAAAACGGCAUAGAACAGAAGUUAGAGCUUGAUAUCGAUGAUGUUAAACUUACCAGCCUGGAAGUCAGUAAUCAAGAAGAAGAGCAAGUUCAAAACAGCAUAGAACAGAAGUUAGAGCUUUUUAUCGAUGACGUCGAACUUACCAGCGCGGAAGUCAAUAAGCAAGAAGAACAAGUUCAAAACAGCGUAGAACUGGAUACUCGUGCUGUUGACCUUACCAGUACAGAAGACAAUCAACAAGAAAAAAAUGUUCUGAUGGAGGAAGAAUUUGAUGAUGGUUUAAAAUAUAAAAACAGGAAAAGAGGAAGGUUGCAAAAAAAGGGGUAUAAAUGUUCCACAUGUGGCUAUCGAGCAUCGAAAUAUUUUUUGCUGAAGCGUCAUGAAGUAGUUCAUUUGCCACUGGAAAAAAGAGAAAUGUACAGUUGUUUGCACUGUAGCAAAAGAUAUACGCAAAAAAUCAACUUAAUCCAUCACCUGAUCAUUGUUCAUCCUGAGACCAUGCCUGAAAGGCAGAAACAGAUUUAUAGAUGUUCCAAAUGUAACUUCAAAUCAGUAAAGAUGUCAAGCUUGAAAAGACACCGUAAAAUUCACUUGCCAGAUAGACAGAGAGAGAUAUACUGUUGUGCUCACUGUCACCUUACGUAUUGGUCCCGAAAACGUAUAACAACUCACCUUUACAGACUUCAUAGGGGCUGCAUACCAAAGGCAAGAAAUAAAACGUUGUACAUGUGUUCGUCGUGUGAUUUCCAAACGCCGCACCAAGUAGAAUUUCAGCUACACAGGACAGCUCACGGGAGAACCGAUAAAGAGAAGAGAUCUUUUACCUGUCCGUAUUGCGACAAGAAUUUUUUAGGAAAAACCAUAUUCGACCACCACCUUAAAUAUUAUCGUCCUUGCUGCACAAUGGCAGCAGCGAAGGAAGCGACCUCUCAGUGUCCGACGCCUUCCUAUCAAACGUCACACAAAGAAAGGUUUAAGGAACACAUGGAAAGUCACUUGCAGCGGGCAGAGCGACAGUUUUAUAUUUGUCCGCACUGCGACAAGAAAUACACGAGAAGGGGUCACUUCAUUGAUCACAUUGUGCUUAAUCUUGCUGGGUCUACUGGUAUCGAUGACGUCGAACUUACCAGCGGAAGCAGCGUAGAUUCGGAUGAUGAACCAGCGCAGCUUCGUAAAAGAGUGUAUGAUUGUUUCAAAUGCAAGUACCAAACGACAUUAAUAGCAAACCUGAGACGACACAUGGGAGUUCACUUGGCACGGGAAGAACGAGAGUUGUUUGCUUGUCCGCUGUGUGAUAAGGAAUAUACGAGAAAAGGUGGCUUACACCGUCAUCUUAAAAGUUGCGCUCUUCGUUCCAGAACAGCGCCGCAGCUUGGAGGAUUACUGCAGCGGUUCUCUUGUUCCAAAUGCCACUACGAAACGGUAUCAAGGGGACACUUCCAACGACACAUGAGAAGUCACUUGGAAGAGAGGGGACAGUGGUUUCCUUGUCCGUACUGUUGUAGGAAAUUGUCGUCAAAAUCUAGCAUAGACUCUCACCUUAUACAUUGCUCUCUUUAUUCCAAAAUAGUGCCGCAGCGUGGAGUAUUGCACCGUUGUUCCAAAUGCAACUACCAAACGACAUUAAUAGCUGACCUGAAACGACACAUGGGAGUUCACUUGGCACGGGAGGAACGAGAGUUGUUUGCUUGUCCGCACUGUCAUAGCGAAUUUGCGAGAAAAUCUAACUUAAACUGUCACCUUAAACGUUGCCCUCUUUCUAGAAAAGAGAAAAAGAAAAGGACAGCGCCGCCGCCGCUGCCUGGAGGAUUGUAUGUUUGUUCCAAAUGCAACUACCAAACGACAUCAGUAGCAAACCUGAGACGACACAUGGGAGUUCACUUGGCACGGGAGGAACGAGAGUUGUUUGCUUGUCCUAGCUGUCAUAGCAAAUAUACGACAAAAUCUAGCUUACACUAUCACCUUGAACGUUGCCCUUUUUUUAGACCAGGGCAGCAACCUAACAAGUGGUACGUUUGUUCCAAAUGCCUCUACCAAACGUCAUCAAGGCAACAGUUCAGACGACACAUGAGAAGUCACUUGGAACGGAGGGAAAAACGGUGGUUUGCUUGUCCGCACUGUUCUAGGAAAUUGUCGACAAAAGCUCGUCUAGACUAUCACAUUAUACAUUGCCCUUUUAAUCCCAGGAAUACCAGUGACGUUGCACCUAACGUUGAAGGGAAGUUAGAGCUUUUAAGUGAUACCGAUGGAGUUGAACUUAACACUACGGAGGACAGUGAACAAGAAGAGCAAGAUGAAAAGAGCGCAGAACAGAACAUAGAGCUUUUAAGUGAUACCGAUGAAGUUGAACUUAACACCACGGAGGACAGUGAACAAGAAGAGCAAGAUGAAAAGAGCGCAGAACAGAACUUAGAGCUUUUAAGUGAUACCGAUGGAGUUGAACUUAACAGCACGGAGGCCAAUGAACAAGAAAGGCAAGAUGAAAAGAGCGCAGAAGAGAACAUAGAGCUUUUAAGUGAUACCGAUGGAGUUGAACUUAACAGCACGGAGGCCAAUGAACAAGAAAGGCAAGAUGAAAAGAGCGCAGAACAGAACAUAGAGCUUUUGAGUGAUACCGAUGGAGUUGAACUUAACAGCACGGAGGCCAAUGAACAAGAAAGGCAAGAUGAAAAGAGCGCAGAAGAGAACAUAGAGCUUUCAAGUGAUAUCGAUGGAGUUGAACUUAACAGCACGGAGGCCAAUGAACAAGAAGAGCAAGAUGAAAAGAGCGCAGAAGAGAACAUAGAGCUUUUAAGUGAUACCGAUGGAGUUGAACUUAACAGCACGGAGGCCAAUGAACAAGACGAGCAAGAUGAAAAGAGCGCAGAAGAGAACAUAGAGCUUUUAAGUGAUACCGAUGGAGUUGAACUUAACAGCACGGAGGCCAAUGAACAAGACAAGCAAGAUGAAAAGAGCGCAGAAGAGAACAUAGAGCUUUUAAGUGAUACCGAUGGAGUUGAACUUAACAGCACGGAGGCCAAUGAACAAGAAAGGCAAGAUGAAAAGAGCGCAGAAGAGAACAUAGAGCUUUUAAGUGAUACCGAUGGAGUUGAACUUAACAGCACGGAGGCCAAUGAACAAGAAAGGCAAGAUGAAAAGAGCGCAGAACAGAACAUAGAGCUUUUAAGUGAUACCGAUGAAGUUGAACUUAACACCACGGAGGACAGUGAACAAGAAGAGCAAGAUGAAAAGAGCGCAGAACAGAACUUAGAGCUAACGAUAGUGCAGGAAAAGGUCCAUCAGUGUUCCUCAUGUUCCUACCGAACAUUAAGGAAAGGAGAGCUUCAGAAACAUAUGGAUACUCACCUACCACCGGAAGAGAGACGGUUGUUUUCUUGUCUGUAUUGCUACAAAAAAUAUACACGAAAAGUCACAGUAAAACGGCACAUUGAACUUCGUCACAUUGGCAUUGAGAAGAACACACAGGCAAAGUUAUAUAAAUGUGGCCAAUGCGAGUUUGUAGGUCGAUGUGCUAUACAUCUUAUCCGACACAAGAAAGUUCACUCGUCGGAAAAACCUAACUGUACCUCGAAAUUUGGGGGAAACUACCCAUUAAUCCGUCACAUUAAGCGUCGUUUUAGUGGCUUGAAUACCAAUGACGUCAAACGGAAUUUAGAGCUUGAUAUCCAUGACGUUGAACUUGCCAGCCCGGAAGUGAAUAAGCAAGAAAAGCAAGUUCAAAACAGCAUAGAACAAAAGUUAGAGCUUGAUAACGAUGACGUUGAACUUACCAGCGCGCAAGUCAGUAAACAAGCAGAGCAAGUUCAAAACAGCGUAGAUUCUGAUGAUAAUGAUAUUCGGGCUGUUGAAAUUACCAGUAUGUCCAUACUGAGAUCUUAUUUAUUGUCGUCCGACAAUAAACAAGAGAAGCAUGUUCAAAAUAGGGAAGCCUCUGAUGAGAUAGCGCCUAAUAUCGAUGACGUCAAACUUACCAGCGUGGAAGCCAAUAAAGGAAAAGAACGUGUUCAAAACAGCGUAGAGUCUGAUGAUAAACCAGCAGCGCUGCGUAAAGGGAUGUACGAUUGUUCCAAAUGCAACUACCAAACGACAUUAAUGGCAAACCUGACAGGACACACAGAAAUGCACAGGGUACGGGAGGAACGAAAGUUGUUGUUACCGCUGCGUAAUAAGAUGUAUAGAUGUGCCAAAUGCAACUACCAAACGACAUUAAUGGCAAGCCUGAAACAACACAUGGGAACUCACUCGGCACGGGAAGAACGACGGAUGUCUGCUCGUCCGCACUGUGAUAGGAAAUGUACGAGAAAAGAUAACUUAGGCCAUCACCUUAAAAGUUGCUCUCUUCAUUCCAGCGAUAGCCAUGAUGUUGAACUUAUCACUAAAGAAGACAGUAAACAAGACGAACAUGUUCAAAGCAGCAUAGCAUCUGGUGAUAAGUUAGAGCUUGAAAGACAUAAUGUUGAUCUUAUCACAGCAGAUAAUAAACAAGAAAAGCAAGUUCAAAACAGUACAGAACUGAAGUUAAAGCUCGAUAGCCAUGAUGUUGAACUUAUCACUAAAGAAGACAAUAAACAAGAUGAACGUGUUCAAAGCAGCAUAGCAUCUGGUGAUAAGUUUGAGCUUGAAAGCCAUAAAGUUGAUCUUACCACAGAAGAUAAUAAACAAGAAAAGCAAGUUCAAAAUAGCACAGAACUGAAGUUAAAGCUCGAUAGCCGUGAUGUUGAACUUAUCACUAAAGAAGACAAUAAACAAGAUGAACAUGUUCAAAGCAGCAUAGCAUCUGGUGAUAAGUUAGAGCUUGAAAGACAUAAUGUUGAUCUUACCACAGCAGAUAAUAAACAAGAAAAGCAAGUUCAAAACAGUACAGAACUGAAGUUAAAGCUCGAUAGCCAUGAUGUUGAACUUAUCAUUAAAGAAGACAAUAAACAAGAUGAACGUGUUCAAAGCAGCAUGGCAUCUGGUGAUAAGUUAGAGCUUGAAAGACAUAAUGUUGAUCUUACCACAGAAGAUAAUAAACAAGAAAAGCAAGUUCAAGAUAGCACAGAACUGAAGUUAAAGCUUGAUAUUGAUAACGUUGAACUUACCAGCUCGGAAGCCAAUAAACAAACAGAACGUGUUCAAAACAGCGUAGAUUCUGAUGAUAAACCAGUAGCGCUGCCUAUAAGGAUGUAUAGUUGUUUCAAAUGCAACUACCAAACGACAUCAAUGGCAAGCUUGAAUUCACACCGGGCACGGGAAGAACGACAGUUGUUAGCGCUGCGUAAUAGGACGUAUAGUUGUUCCAGAUGCAACACCUACCGUACGACAUCAAUGGCAAGCCUGCAUCGACACAUUGCAACUCACUGGGCACCGGAAGAACGACAAUCGUUUGCUUGUCCGCACUGUGAUAAUAAAUAUACGAAUAAAGUUAGUUUAGAGUAUCACCUUCAACGUUGCCAUCUUCGUUCCAGCGAUAGCCAUGAUGUUGAACUUAUCACUAAAGAAGACAAUAAACAAGAUGAACAUGUUCAAAGCAGCGUAGCAUCUGGUGAUAAGUUAGAGCUGGCGAAGGCAUUGAAGGAAUCGCAGAAAAAGAUCUAUAGAUGUUGCACAUGUAGCUACCAAACAACAUAUAAGUUCAAUUUUAGCAAACACAAGAAAAUUCACUUGGCACCUGGAGAACGACAGAUGUUUGCUUGUCUGCAUUGCGACAAAACAUAUAUACAAAAACAAAGCUUACAACACCACCUUCAGAAUAAUCAUAUUGAUUCAAGGGCGAAGGCAUUGAAGAAAUCGCACAAAAAGGUCUAUAGAUGUUCCAUGUGUAGCUACCAAACGCCAUAUAAGUCCCAUCUUAACACACACAAGAACACUCACUUGCCACCUGAAGAACGACAGAGGUUUGCUUGUCUGCAUUGCGACAAAACAUAUAUACAAAAACAAGCCUUACAAUGGCACCUUAAGUAUCAUCAUACUGAUCUGAGGGCGAAGGCAUUGAAGGAAUUGCAGAUAAAGGUCUAUAGAUGUUCCACAUGUAGCUACCAAACGCCUUCUAAGUCUUGUCUUAACAGACACAAUAAUAUUCACUUGCCACCGGAAGAACGACAGAAGUUUGCUUGUCUACAUUGCAACAAAACAUAUAUACAAAAACAAGCCUUACAAUGGCACCUUAAGUAUUAUCAUACUGAUCUGAGUUUGAAUAAGGGGGCAGAAGAAAAGGUGUCGCAACGUAAUUUCAAGACUAGACAACGUAAAAACAUUUUGAAACCCCCCACUGACAGACCCAAAGCGAAAAAAGAGGGAAAGUAUUAUAAAUGCUCUAUGUGCAACGCCCGGUUUAUUUACGAGCAUUAUUUGCUUAAUCACCUUGAAAUUAAUCAUUGUGAACGCAACGAAGCCACUACUGUUGAAGUUAUCGGCGCAAAAGACGAUGAAGAUGGAAAACGUGUUCAAAAUAGCGAAGCAUCUGAUGAUAAGUUACAGCAGUAUAACAUGCAUAAACGAGCAGAAAAAAUUGUGUCACGACGUACAACCGUGUCACGCAUUGACAGUCACAACCCGAAAAAAAAUGGAGAUUAUUAUAAAUGUUCUAUAUGUAAAGCCCUGUUUAUUUACGAACGUCAUUUGCUUAAACACAUUAAAAGUAUUCAUAGUGAACGCAAAACUGAUGACUCUAUAUCUACAACUAAUGAAGAGAAUACAGACAGUUUUAUAAAAAUGGAAAUUGAUGAUUGCGCUCCAGCUGUGGGCGAAGACAUGCACCAUGAUUCCCAAAACGUCGAAUGUCCACCUGAAACUAAUGUAAUAAGAUCAGAAGAUUUUAUGCAAACAGAAUCUGACGAAGAUAUACAAGAUGGUUUUUAUGACUGGGAUAUUGUAGAUGAACCUGAAAAAGUCAGAAUUGAAGAUAUUUUAAAACUUCUACAACCCGAAUCUUCAUGACAUAAUCUUAAUAAUUCAAAAAAUCUGAUUAGCUGAAUUGUUUCAUUUUUAUAUGUAUAUUUUUAUCAUUUUAAGCUCUAUACUGAUUUCGUUGCUGUGGUAUUUUCCAUAAAAGUUUUACGCAUAGAUUAAUAAAACAAGUUUGGAUUGAAAAGUCCUCAUAAGCACAUUGUUAAUACUAUUUUUCAGCUUUAUCCAGAAUUAUGUCGCCAAAUAUUGUCUAUUCAAGUUUAUUAUGAUUUUCUAAUUUUAUAAGUGAAAUGAAGUGUGUUUCAUAUAACUUUUUUUUUUAUAACUUUAUUUUACAU